ACUACGACUCUCGCCUGCUACUGUACCGAGUACUCCAUACACACUGUAUGUACGGAGAACUCACUCUACAACUUCAGAAUUCUUCUCAUCCACGGAUGAGCCCGGCAUAUGCUUUGAUGGGUUACAGUCGAUCCUCCAUCAUCAUCGUCAUUACCCCCCUCCCUCCUUCCGGAGAAGAUGUUUCAAUCUUCCUCUUCCCUUCUUUCUUAUUAAACUUUAUCCUCUCUCGCUCUCUCUCCUGUUUCCUUCUUUUUCUUUCUCUUGUCACCACUUAAUAUUUCACUCAAGUAAUGUCUUGUUCUCGUCUCCUACGGCGGUCAUUAUCAAAUCAUGGCCAUUGUUGAACGCCCUACUACUUCCACCACCACCACCACUACUGCAACACUACCGCGUUCCCGCUCCGUGCGUCUGGCGGGUCAAGCUGCCACGGCCGCCUUGUAUGUCACCCAUCCGGAGCGAAGAUUGUCGGUGCGUGAGCCUUCCGCCGCCGAAACAGAACGCCUGACCUUGAAGGCAACUGGUUCUCGCCCUGGCUUCAGCCAUGCGUCAGCUGUCGCCGCCCUCGCUCAUGCUAGAAAGGAAGCUGCCACAGUUCCGGUCGUUGAACAUCAUCGCACCUCGGACUCUCGUAGCCAGGAAGGCUAUAAGGCAGCCGCUUACGUCUUCGGAAACCGUCAAUCACCCUCAGCGCGCUCUCGCGCUGCUUCCGAUUUCAAGCAAGACUUGGUUGCAGCGGAUCCGUUGGCUGGACGUGAUCUAGACGAUCGUGAGAAGGCUCUUCGUGCCGCCACCGGUGCGUUGAACGGCAGCCGGCGACGAGCCGAUUCGGCGCCUACAGAUACCCCUCAUGUCGGAGUAAGCAGCGAUGAAGUCCUCGGAGACCUGGACAGUUCCAUGGAGGCAAGCCGAAUUCAGCACAUUGCGAACACCAACGCGCGCCUUUACACCGCUUCUCCGCCGGUUUCUCCAGAGCGAGAGGAGCACAAGCGAAGAAGCGUCAUGCAAGCAGCUGCCCUGUCCAUGGCCCGGGAGAUGUAUGCCGUGGUGGAGACCAAGGAACAAGGUCGGGUAGGACACGCUGGCUCGGCAUCGCAACGAUCUCCAACUGGAGCGGAGCCCAUAAUCCUCCAACAGGCCUUCAGCCUGCAAGAUGCCGCCGAAAAGCGCGCGGCUGAGAAGUUGGCCAGCAUGCAGGAUGAGACAGCCAUCUACCGGGAAUAUUAUGGUCUUGAGCCUCAGCCCACCCGGUCCAGCUUGCAACCCCGCAGACGCAGAACGUCGUUUGAUACAGACGUCUCCAGCGGGGACGCCGAUCGAACUUUAGAGAUUCGACAUCAAAUGUCCAGCCUUCGAUCGAGACUCAAUGCUGUGGAUGAGAGAAGGGAACAGGACCGCGCACUCUUGAUGGAAGCGGCAAGGAAAAAUGUCGAUGCCACCAUUCAAGACAUGGAGAUGAGGGUCUAUGCGGAGACCGGUCGCGCACCUCCAUCUAUGCAGAAGGAGAUCGAAGAGGCUGCACUGGCACGUGCGAUGCUUGAAAGGCAGGAGAGACAAGAAGCAGACUCGCAAUACCAGGGGGUCGACCGAGUGAAUAUCAGUUCCAAGCGCUUUGUGGAUAUGUCCGACGUAGAAGCUCUGGCUCGAUCCCGGUUACAACCCACAUUUGACGAAAUCACCGACCGGGCUGAAAAUCAGCGCGCCAGGGAGCUCGAGCAAAGAUUGGACCAGGAAGAAGCCCAUCGUCGAGAAGCCAUGUAUCGCGAACGUGAAGUGGAGACCAAAGCUGAAGAGAGACGGCUGAGGGAUUCUUUGAGACUCGAAAACAAGCCCAAAGACGAGAAGAAUUGGCUAUGGAAGAGAAAGCCGAAGCGUUCGUCCGAUCAUGAGGAAGAUACGGCCGCUGGCGCAUCAGUCGGAGCGGCCGAUGAACUAUCCGCCGAAGUCGUACCACAAAUAACCACCAAUGCAGAUGCCAGUGCGACUGCUACAGGCGCGGUGGCUGAGCCCACUUCAAGCGAACCUGUGGCCAAACCUGAAUCUAAAUUCAGGUCGUGGUUCAAAGGCCGAAUGGGGCGUCGUUCGAGCUCAAACCAGACUGAAAACCCUAAGGAGUCGCAAGAAGCCAAGUUUGGUACUGAUUCGCCCGAUACUGCAGCCGCUGCGGUAGAAACAGGACCCGAGGAGACAGGUGAAUCACCUGGCGCCGGCGAGGCCAGAGAAAACCAGGCUUUGAACGCAUCCGAUCGCGGUCAAAGUAGAGCGUGGGACAUCGCACAUCCUGAGGGUACAUCUCAAAUGUCAGAGCUUCCAGCCACGGCUGAAGUUCCACACGAAGGGAUUCUGGAAGAGGAACCACAAAAGACGAUGCUCAAGUCCCAUCCCAUGACGGGAAACGAUGAUGGUAGUUCAGAGCAACCUAAUCGUAUCGAGGCCGAUGUGGUCCAGCAGGCAUCUAAUGCCAAAGACAUUCCUACUGGUGAGACAGGCCGCAACCGGCUGAUGUCUGGCUUUAAGAAAAUGGUCUCGAGAAGCUCAACCGAGGCGAAGAAAAGUGGGGGUGUCGGUCAUGAUGUGGCUCGAAGAAGCUCAGAGGCGAUCCCCAAGCAAACUGUAGAGGAAGCAGACCGACGUGCGAGUGUGCCUGAACAUGGCCUAGGACUGCCCUCGUCUGCUGGGAAACGAGCCAGCGAUGGCACGGGACGAGAAUCGCGAUUCUCGGAGCGAUUGUAACAUGAAUUCGGGUACCGCUUGUUGAUGUAUCGUUUGUUUCUUUUCUCCGAUGAUUAAUUUAUGUUAUUAUUCUCUUUUUUUUUUCUUCUUCUUACCUGAGGGAUUC